UCCUGCAAUAAGCUAAACUGUUGAUGGUGCAAAGAUCGGUCUAAGAGUAUCACAUGCUGGGAAAAGCAAAAGAAAAAAACAGAAGGCAGGAAGAAAACAGAAUGGGAAACUUUUGUCAGAAGUACUGUGCUUGGUUGAAGCCCUACAUCCCGUGCUUAUUCUCAGGGAGAGUUGGUGAGCAGGAUGAUAAGGUCAUCCAUGUCUUCUCCAACCCUGCUAAACCUUUACCUCCACUGCCUGGCCAGCAUCUGGUGAAUACUUGCCUAUUUGUAGCACUUUUUGACUACGAGGCUCGCACUGAGGAGGACUUGAGCUUCCGAGCUGGGGAUAAGCUUCAAGUGUUGAGUGCAUCCAAUGAAGGCUGGUGGUAUGCUAGGCUCCUCCUGCCAGCAGGGUCAUUCUGUCCUGGCCGCAAGCUCCAGGGCUACAUCCCUGCCAACUACAUAGCUGCUGACCAGACCAUUGAAGCUGAGCCAUGGUUUUUUGGCUCAAUCAAACGAGCAGAUGCCGAGAGACAACUGUCAUACCCUGGAAACCAGGCAGGAGCCUUCCUAAUCAGAGAAAGUGAAAGUCUAAAAGGCGAAUAUGCACUUUCAGUUUUUGAUGGUGUGUCUGUGAAGCACUACAGGAUCAGAAAGCUGGAUGAAGGCGGCUUUUUCCUAGCCAGAAGGAAAACUUUCAAAACUCUGUAUGAGUUUGUUGACUAUUACAGUAAGAAGAGCGAUGGUCUCUGCAUGACACUCAGAAAACCAUGCUUAAAGGUACAAAUUCCUUCUACUUUUGAUUUGUCAUAUAAAACAGCUGAUCAGUGGGAGAUAGACCGACAGUCUCUAAAAUUGCUGAAAAAAUUAGGAUCUGGUCAGUUUGGUGAGGUAUGGGAAGGACUGUGGAAUAAUACCACACCCGUGGCAAUCAAAACAUUAAAACCAGGUUCAAUGGAUCCAAAGGACUUUCUGAGGGAAGCACAAAUAAUGAAGAAUUUGAGACAUCCUAAGCUUAUACAGCUUUAUGCUGUCUGUACUUUGGAAGAUCCAAUUUAUAUUAUUACUGAGCUGAUGAGAUAUGGAAGUCUUCUAGAAUACCUUCAAAAAGAUGGAGGCUCCCAAAUCUUCCUGCCACAUCAAGUAGAUAUGGCUGCCCAGGUGGCAUCUGGGAUGGCUUACCUGGAAUCCCAGAACUAUAUCCAUCGGGAUCUGGCAGCCAGAAAUGUUCUUGUUGGUGAACACAGUGUUUACAAAGUGGCAGACUUUGGACUUGCAAGAGUUUUUAAGGUAGAAAAUGAAAACGUAUAUGAACCUCGAGCGGAAACAAAACUCCCAGUGAAAUGGACAGCCCCAGAGGCAAUCCGCUACAACAAAUUCAGCGUGAAGUCAGAUGUCUGGUCAUUUGGAAUACUGCUGUUUGAGAUAAUCACCUAUGGGGAGAUGCCUUAUGCUGGCAUGCCAGGACACCAAGUGAUCCAGAAGGUGGAAAAGGGGUACAGACUUCCUCAGCCAGAGACCUGCCCACUGCCAUUCUAUCAGCUGAUGCUGCAGUGCUGGAGCACAGAAGCAGAUGAACGUCCCACCUUCAGGGCCCUCUGCACAGAGCUGGAGUGCUAUUUCCAGACUGACUCCCCUUCCUACACCCAGGCCCAGACUGUGAUGAAAUGAACCCCCAGGCUGGGGCAGGGGGACAGACACUGGCCAACAUGGCUGUGAAAUCAGCCCUACCUCAGUAGUGGAGGAUGUUAGGGGAUGCUGAGGAAUUCUGGGACAUUGUCAUCCCCACGCUGAUACUCAAAUGACACAUAAAAUUUUUUGCUGCUGGCAAAUAUUUUGCAAGACUAAGCAUCAGGAAGCUGAUGUGGCAGGGUCUUCUGAAAAAUGGAAUGUCUUCUAUUUAUUUUUUUAAAUAUCAGAUUGCAGGAAUAAACAAAUGAAAUGAGUAUUGCUCAAUAACCACAUUUUUGUAAUUUCUUUAUUGGAAUGAUUAUUUGC